AUGCGGCGAUUAAUUUUCAUUGCACUGCUGGCCUACCAUGCUCAUGCAUCACCACCAAUGUGCCAUUGUCCUAAUGGCGGUCUUGGAAUUCCUUGUCCAUCACCGAUUCAGCUUGGCUGUCCUCCCACUGCCUUGCGGUGCCCGCCGCCUCCACCAUGUGCGCCGUUCCCCCGGUUAGAAACAUUGAUGCCACUUCGGUGGACAUCAGGGUUUCCCCCAGUUCACUCUGCCAACUCUAUCGCCAAUCAGUGGGAGCGUCCUUGGCUCACAGUUGACUACUCCGCUUCCAGCACCAAUACCAGCACCAACAAACGGUCAACAAUCGCUGUUACCAUUGGAGAGUACGUUGUGGAAGAUUUACCAGAAGACCCUCCUGAGGAUGAACUUAGCAGUGAAACACUACCUUCGCUCUAUGAGAACCAGCCAAAUACCAGUUUUAUUUACACGCCUUACUUCCCUAAUGCAGCACACUGCAGAGACGAGAUCCCUGCUAAAACGUUUCAUAGUCUGGGAGAGAACUUAACUCAGCCCGCAUACAAGACCCAAUCCACGAAGCCAAUGAAGACGAGUGAUGCUGCAACGAGGAAGGUGGCUGACUCCGACGGUACCAUCUGA